AGAACAGACAAGUCACUUCACCCAAAGGAUAUAAACCGUCUUCUGCCACUGCACCAGCGACCGACUGGCGCAAACCGCUCUGCAGUCAUGAUUAAGAAAACGUCGCCACCCGACAAUGAGUUCAACAUACCGGCGAAGAACUGCCACAGGAUGGUGAUUCUGGGCUCCACUAAAGUUGGGAAAACAGCAAUCAUCUCCAGGUUUCUGAACGAGAGGUUCGACGAGCAGUACACGCCGACCAUUGAGGACUUUCACAGGAAAUUCUACAGCAUCAAGGGGGACGUUUACCAACUGGACAUUUUGGACACAUCUGGAAAUCACCCCUUCCCUGCAAUUAGGAGGCUUUCAAUUCUGACUGGUGACGUGUUCAUCCUGGUUUUCAGUCUGGAUAACAGAGACUCCUUCCAGGAGGUGAAGCGGCUUAAGCGUCAGAUUCACGAGACCAAGUCAUGCCUGCGAAACAAAACCAAGGAGAACGUGGACGUCCCGGUGGUCAUCUGCGGCAACAAGUGUGACAGAGACUUUUAUCGUGAGGUGCAGGAGGCCGAGAUCGAGCAGUUGGUGGAUGGAGACGAGCACUGCGCAUACUUUGAGAUCUCAGCCAAGAAAAACACCAACGUAGACCAGAUGUUUCAGACUCUCUUUAACUUGGCGAAGUUGCCCAACGAAAUGAGCCCCGAUCGGCACUGCAAAGUCUCCCUCCAGUACUGCGAGCUUCUCCAGAGAAAGUCCUUGAAAAACAAGAAGUGCAAAGACGGAAACGCAUAUGGGAUUGUGGCGCCGUUUGCACGCAGACCCAGCGUGCACAGUGACUUGAUGUACAUAAAAGAGAAAGCUGUGGGAGGAAGUCAAAACAAAGAGAAAGGCUGCACCAUAUGUUGAGUUUCACCGAGCAGCGUACAAGAGACCUUUAAGGAGACCACAGAGGACAGUUGUCCAGCUCAUAAGCCCAUAGACAGAAGAUUUCAGUGGACAGGGAGAUGCAAAGUGAACUGAAAUAGCACUGUAAAAUGUUUACAUUUUCUUUUAAGUUGUGUUUUUUUUUUUUUUUAC